AUGAAACCAGUAAAGAAGAUCAAUGAUGGUGGUGAUUUGAACGCUUUCAAACGUUCAUUGGCUUUUAAGUAUAUUCAUGCCACUAUUUCUGUGGUGGUUGAAGCUUCUAAAGCUAUAGAUUUACCUCCAAAAACAUUGAAUGAUACAUUAAUAACGAAAUCUAAUACAUCAUCAACUACAAACUUACCACCAAAAUUACAACAACCCAUAGAUGUAUCACCUAAUGGUCAAUUGGUGAUUGAUGUAAUUCAAGAUUUAUGGAAUCUCAUUGAUGCUACUCCUCCUGUGGAAGGUCCUAGAAGAUUUGGUAACUAUGCUUACAAGACGUGGUAUUCUAAUAUUGAUUUAUCGAAAUUAUCUCGUCUAUCGAAUGAUCCAGAAAUCCUAGAAGAACUUCAAUAUUAUCUUUCAGCUUCCUUUGGGUCUCCUAUAAGGCUUGACUAUGGAACGGGGCAUGAAUUAUCUUUCAUUGCAUUUAUAGGUAUUUUACUAAGAUUGAACAAACUCCCUCAAAAUCAAGAACUACUCGUCAUUUUUGCUAAAUACUUCGACCUAGUAAGGAGAUUGAUUAUCGACUAUUCAUUAGAACCUGCUGGAUCACACGGAGUUUGGGGUCUUGAUGAUCAUUUCCAUUUCAUUUAUAUUUUGGGUGCGGCUCAAUUUAAUGAUUCUACAUUUUAUCCUCCAAUCUCGUCUUGCUUACAACAAGGUGUUAUUGAUGAAUACAAGAUGAAGAAUUUGUAUAUCAACGGCUUAGCUUUCAUCAGAAGAAUCAAAACUGGGCCUUUUAACGAACACAGUCCUAUACUUUAUGAUAUCCAUAAAUCGGUUUCAUUAUGGAAGAAAGUACUUUCAGGACUUUUGAAAAUGUAUGACGUAGAAGUUUUAGGGAAAUUUCCCGUUGUACAACAUUUCUAUUUCGGGAAAUGUUAUCCUUGGACGGAUAUGAAUGGGAAUGAAUUACCUCUGUCACCACAAUUUAUAGAUGGGGCACCACCAAGUAUUGGAACAGCUGCUCCAUGGGCACAAUCAAAGAGAUAA